AUGUCUAUAGAAAUACUCCCCACCGAGAUAUUGGUACAGGUCCUCGAUGACGCCAGCCUCGAGAUCGGGGACCUUGCUAUCAUCUCAAGAGUAUCGCGCCGGUGGCAUUCAGCUGUCAUCCCUGUCCUGUACAGGCGCUUCACAUUCCGGUACUACCCUUCUUUAAAAUCGGAAGAGUACAAAAGACUGGAAAGCUUCAGCAAAUACGGCCAUCAUGUGAGACAUUUGAGCUUGCACAUCAGAGAUUGGGUUGAUAAGGAUGACACCGAGUCUGAGAUGUCGAAGUCCCUUCCUGAUGUCGCCACUUAUCUUAGAAUGCUUGACCCCUUUACCGAAGUCACGCAUGUCGAACAUUACGAUAUUGAUAUCCGAGGAGUAACCUGGCCGAUUUUUUGGGCUAUAUUGAAUUAUCUCGUCUCCGCAAAACCAAAGCUUAUCUCUUUGACUAUCCGACGAAAUCUUUAUUGGGGUUUGGCUCCUCCCUCGGACCAGGAUCUAGACCCUGAAACGCUAUUACCGACGCCCCGCCUCUCCAAUUUCACUUCCUUAAACCUCCAAGUGAACUACAAACGUACUGGACCCGAGAGUAUCGAAUCCUUUCCAUUCCUCGUAAAUAACCUUGUAUUGGCUCUGGGGGACUCUUGUCGAAAUGUCUCAAAACUCCAGCUCUAUCUGAUAAUGGGCGAGAACAAGAACCUGGAAAUACUAAAGGCCUUGCAGGAGAUUGAUUUCCCUUUGCUACCAGUGGAUAGUAUAAAGGAAUUGAGAUACGUUCUCCUACCUGGUAUUGUACCGCCCACACGCUUAUUCGACACAGAAUUUGGGGAUACCAAAGUUUUAACCGUACCAAGUUGGGUUUGUGGGCAUUGGAUGGGUCCGACUUGGGAACAGACACCGCCGGGAAAGUCAUUGAAGACCUUCAAAAACGUGGAGACUCUGCGUAUCACAGAUGUAUUCGAGACGGCCGAGGGAAACAAUCUUGAAAGAAAUCUCAAAUUUGUGGCAAAACACCUCCCAAAACUCCAGUCACUCAUUCUAGAAAAUGACGAAAGGCAAUUUUCGAUAUCCCGAAAGUCGGAUGGGUCUAUAACCUGGGAGGAAGUGGCAUUUGUGGUUUAG